AUGUCAUCUGAUCAAACAAAUGCUCCCAGCGCCACAGCAGCCGCACCGAAUCAACCAUCAAGAGGAGUUCAGAAUGACCCUGCAGUAACAGGUUUCUCACCAGAAGUUUCAAAAUGGAUGAACUAUUUCAAGAUGAUAUCGGGUCAAAUGACACCUGAGGGCAAAUUCCACUACCGAGAAUGGGUGCACACUGUUGAGGAAGAGAAGGACAUCAAACGCUGCGAAGAGUUUCGCGAUUGGCUCUUCACAUACUCCCCCACUGUGCGCUUCAUGUCAGAAAAGAUUCGCGACCUCAAUGGACGAAUAGACUCUUCCAACGUUUACUGCCGCCGCUGCCCCUCAUAUCUCAAUGCUGAUGGCACCGUUUUGCGACAAUCGGGCGGCUUCAGCCCUGAGCAUGGAAUCCUGAUAUGCGCCAACGAAAUCCAGAGCCGAAAACAUCUCGAGGAUACGCUAGCGCAUGAGAUGGUACAUGCUUGGGAUAUGCUUCGAUGGAAGAAUGUGGACUUUGUGGGUAAACCAGGAGACCUCAAGCACGCCGCAUGUACAGAGGUGAGUUGUGUUGAUGCAUGUCCAACAAAAGAAGCCCGAACACUGACUGACUGGCCUCGAAAGAUCCGAGCUUCAAUGCUCAGUGGUGAAUGUAGAUGGACUAAGGAAGCCUUCACCAGAGGCAACUGGAAAUUGACACAGCAAUUCCAAAAUUGCGUCCGCAGGCGAGCCAUCGAUUCCAUCGUCGGCAGAACUGCGUGCAAGGACGACCUUGAGGCAACAAAAGCCGUCAAUUCAGUAUGGGAUUCAUGCUUCGCAGAUACCAGACCAUUCGACGAGGUUUAUAGGUAA